AAAGAUCUUGAGUUUGAAGGUUUUGGAUGAAAAAGAAAACUGAGGAGAUCAUUAUUAACUACAUUAUACCGUGACAGUGAAGUAAAUGGUUGCAAGGCGGCUCUCAUCCAUUUUUAACUACAUGAGGCAGCGAAGCAUUUCUAGCCUGCUUAUAGUUAGCAAUGUUUAGUUUUCAGAAAAUUUAUCUUCUAUUGACAGUGUUAUUUCUGCUAGAGAAGCCUGUCAUAAGCAAGGAUCGGUGCAGGGAGAAGUGUGGACGCGUUCAUAUUGAAUUUCCAUUUUACCUCAGAAAUAACAAUUUGAGUCACACCACUGGCCAUCAUCCUGGGUUCGAUCUGUUUUGUAACGAUAAAGAUGAGACUGUGCUGGAGCUCCCUGCUGUUCCAAUUAAAUUAUUUGUAAAAAAAAUAGAUUACAAGUCUCAGCAAAUCCAAAUUUAUGACCCUGAAAAUUGCCUUCCCAAGGUGUUCUUAAAACUCGGUAAUUACUCUAUUUAUCCAUUCAAAUUCCAAUCAGUUCUUUCGGAGAAGUAUAAUGUUUCCUUCUUCUUUUGCAAUUCAAUUUUGUGCCCGAUUUGGCGACUAUCUAACUAUCCAUGGAUUGAUCCUGAAUUGAUAUCUUGCACCAAGGUGGAAGAUGUUUUGUCCGUGGAGUGGUUGGAUGGUGAGGAGAUCAUGAUCAUGAACUCUAUCUUGAAAUGGUCAAAACCCAACUGUAAUCAGUGUGAAGCACAAGGCCAGAAAUGUAAAUGGAAGAAUGGUACCCAAGAUGAAACUGAAUGUUUCAUUUGCCCAACAAACGCCAUUCCAACAUCAACUAUUGUACUCAUUGCUGCAGUUGGUUUGAUGCUUUUUCUGCUACUGGUUAAAGCUUUGUUCUACAUGUAUGGAUAUUAUAAGAUAAAAGAAGAAGACCAGGCUCGGAUAGAGAAAUUCUUGGAGGAUUAUGCGGCAAUGAAACCUACUAGAUUCACUUAUGCUGACAUUAAGAGAAUCACAAAUGGGUUUAGUGAAAGUUUAGGGGAAGGGGCACAUGGAAAAGUGUUCAAAGGAAUGCUCUCCCAACAAAUUCUUGUUGCUGUGAAGAUUCUCAAUGACACAGUUGGAGAUGGGAAGGACUUCAUAAAUGAAGUGGGAAUCAUUGGAAAAAUUCAUCACAUUAACGUUGUUCGCUUGCUUGGAUUCUGCGCAGAUGGAUUCCACCGAGCUCUUGUCUAUGAUUUCUUCCCGAAUGGUUCUCUUGAAAAGUUCUUAGCACCACCGGACAACAACGAUGUUUUCCUCGGUUGGGAGAAAUUGCAACAAAUUGCUCUUGGUGUUGCCACAGGGAUUGAGUAUCUCCAUCUUGGUUGUGAUCAUAGAAUACUUCACUUCGACAUCAAUCCUCACAAUGUUUUACUAGAUGACCACUUCCUCCCCAUAAUCACGGAUUUUGGACUUGCCAAGUUGUGUCCCAAAAAUCAAAGCACGGUGUCUAUGACCGCAGCAAGAGGAACGUUAGGGUACAUUGCCCCUGAAGUUUUCUCAAGAAACUUCGGUAACGUGUCUUACAAGUCUGACAUUUACAGCUAUGGAAUGUUGUUGCUAGAGAUGGUGGGAGGAAGAAAGAAUACAAAUAUGUCAGCUGAGGAAAUUUUCCAAGUUCUAUACCCUGAAUGGAUCCAUAAUUUGCUGGAAGGUAGAGACUUUCAAGUUACUAUUGAGGAUGAGGGAGAUGUUCAAAUAGCAAAGAAACUGGCCAUUGUAGGACUUAGGUGCAUUCAGUGGAAUCCAAGGGACCGCCCAUCCAUGAAAACUGUGGUACAAAUGCUUAAAGGAGAUGGAGAUGAUUUAAUUGCACCUCCUACUCCUUUUGACAUCACUGGUUCUUCUAGAACAAAUGCUCUUGUUCCAAUAAGACGUCAGAAUUUCGAGUUGGAAGUUAUUCAUGAAAUAGAAGAGUAAAUGAUGUUGAUAGUCUAUUAUCCGUAUAGGCUUAUUAUUCUACAUGUUAGUUUAUUUUUUCCUAUUCUUGCAUUAAUCUUCUAGGAUUAUACUUUGAGCUUUAGUUUCUGACUUCAUGUCUGAAUAGAAGAUGUAUUUUAUAGAAGUUGUAAGACCUAUCAGCACUGUUAAUAGUCUGUUAUCCGUGUAAGCUUAACAAUCUACUUGUUUAUUGUUUGUUAGAUGAAGCUUCUAAGGCUUUACUUAAGAAUUUUAGUUUCUACACUUGUCUGGAUGGAAGAUUCUCGUAUAGUGCGGACUGUCUUGCAAUACAAAAUUAUAUCUUUUUUCUUU